AUGGCUCAUGUUUCAUUAAAGACCGUGGGAAAUGUUUUCAAGAAGAAAGAUAAGGAUUUGGAUGUGAAGGACGAGGAUGAGGAUUUAGACGCUUCGGAAUUUGAGGACGAUGAAGAGAAGAGACCAAAACCGCAGAAGAACAGGCGACCCAAGGAAACCCCCUUCACUCAACAGCGGCUUGCGUCUCUGAAUCCUGUGGUGACACCGCGAGGUGUGGUGUGCCUGUAUAUAAUUCUAGCGGCAAUAUUUGUUAUCUUCGGGGCCGUCCUACUAAAAGUGUCUAUGAAGGUGGAUCAAGUGCUGAUAUACUACCAAGACUGCCCCAACGCAGCUCCUCAGGGAUCAUGGGGAGAUAUGUCGCCAGAACAGUACGACUGGCAAUUCCACAAAAAUCUGUCAUACAGUAAGGCCCCUCAAUGGAGAUACGUCCCUCCAUCGAGUUCCGAUACCAAUAAUGGAACGUGCGAGAUCAGGUUCACCACUCCGCAUGACUUGCCGCACACGGUCUUUUUUAGCUAUUGGGUAGAGAACUUCUACGGUAACCAUAGGCGGUAUGUGCUGUCUUUCAGCGAAGAACAGCUCAACGGCGAUGAUACGUCGAUAUCGACCGUGAGGAAUAAUCCAGGUAUCAACUGUAAGCCAAUGGUAUCCAACCAUGAAGGAAAACAGUACUACCCAUGUGGAUUGAUAGCGAAUUCCAUGUUCAACGACACUUUCCCCAUGGAACUCAUUGGCGUGGGGUCCACGGGAAAUUAUUCCUUGACGAAUAAAGGUAUAACGUGGUCUACCAAUCGUAAUCGCUUCAAGACAACUAAGCUGAAUCACUCCAGGAUUGCCCCUCCUCCCAACUGGGUCAAACAAUAUCCCGAUGGCUACAACUCUACGAACGUUCCAGACAUACACAACUGGGAAGAAUUCCAAAACUGGAUGGCGGCCCCUGCUUUCUCAAAGUUUCAGCGACUCGUUCGCAGAAACGACAAUGACACUCUCGUUGCAGGAGAAUAUCAAGUGAACAUUGGGCUCAACUGGCCGGUAACGGAAUUUAACGGCAAGAAAGGUAUCUUCUUGACCCACGGUUCUAGCAUUGGUGGCAGAAACAACUUUUUAGGAAUUGUUUACAUUGUUGGGGGGGCCCUUUGCAUUGGAUUAGCUGUGCUGUUAUUCGUGGCCAGCAUGAUUACGGGCCGGAGUAUUGGCGACUUACGAAACCUUUCUUGGAACAGAGAGAUAGAAAGUGAACGCUAA